AACAGUUAAAAAAAUAACUACCUUACGGGCAACAUUGAAAAUUUUGUCUAUAAAGUAUAACUUGUUUCAAUCAAGAUGUUUCUACAAUUAGUCUUGUGUGCUGUUAUUGGAGUGUAUGGUGUAAAUGGACAGUUAUUCUCUGGAUGUUCAAAAGAUAUACUCAAGGAGAUUGAAACCUGUAUCAGCAACAGCGCUGAUUUUAGUUCUUUGGAGCCAUCAACCUUGGUAUCAUUUUUUACCAAUCCGACUGAGGCAUUUUGCAGCAAAAAGACACAGCUAAUUUCUCUGACGGCAUGUAUAUACAAUACAGUCCUGAAAUGCUAUGAUGAUAGUUUUAAGACUUUAUUUCCUACAAAUGAAAUGAACGAGAAAACUGUGAAUUAUCUAUGUGACCGAUUCAACUCCUAUAAUGUUACUUGUCUAGUUAAGGCAAUUGCAGAAUCAGCUUCUUGUUUUACUCAAGGAUUAAAUGACCUAUCUUCAAAUCCUACCUACGAUGAAUUUAAGUCUUACGUAUGCGGGUCCCAAAAGAACACUAAGAACUGCAUUGAGGAUUCAAAGAAAUUCAAUGAAUGCCCAGAAACUAAGAAAACGCUUUUGGAAUUGAGUAAAAUUCAGAAUCCAGAAGCCUGUGGAGGAGAGACUGGAUUUGAAAGCGAAGUUUUUGGCUCAGCACCAACUAUGUACCAAUCUGUUGUACUAUUGAUAACCAUUUCAUUAAUGAUGUUUAUAUUCUAAAUAAUUCCAUUUUAAAAUUGUUUCUAUUUUUCUUAUUGCAACAAUAAUAUAAGCAUUACAUAGAAGCUUAAAGAAAUAAAUUGACUAUAGGCAUAAAUUGACCUAAUCUAAUGGCAUCUGCUUUAACCAAUCAAAUCUCUCACACAAUGUUAGCGCUAGAGAUGGCUGGAAUUUGAUUGGUUAAAUCUCGGUUAGGUCAAAUACAGCAAGGGUCAAGGAUUUUUGACGAAUGUUUAAGAGGCCAGUCCUUAGACCCUAACUGGAGAGGCUACAUUAAAAAUAAAAGCUAACAAAAAACCGAACGAAAGGGUGGAAAGUUUGGCUGGCAUACAAAACUACGCAUGGUUUGUAACGUAGUUUCGUGUCCUGGUGGUCACUUUGAUGUGGGGGCCACAUUAAGCAAAACAACGUUUUGUAGACAUGACUGUCUCAUGGUUCAGCUCUAGAAUCCAUAUCCAAAUACUACACUGAUAUCCCUUACAUUAUAUUUUUAUAAGAUAUGAGUCAAUGUAUAAGAAUGUACAUUUGCAUGUAAUUGUUCUCUGUAUACAUAAUUUAAGUAUCUGGUUUCAUUGUCAACAUAUAUGAUACAUGUUCAUGUAUAUAUUUAGAAGAUUCUAAAAGAAAUAACGACAACAUUUUGGGACAAAUUUCUCGGAAUUCAUAUUUUGUAUUUUUUAUAAUGUGUAUGUCUAAUUUUCAAAUAAAUAUCUACACAGCUUAUGU